CAGCUCACUGCAGCACUGGUAACUUGCAACUCUAAAACCCUUGAGACAAUCCACACAUCACCUUUCAACACCCUCUCCUUUCUUUCCCUCCACCCAUGGCCACCAGGCGUUUGAGGGCAUUCAAGCGGUGGAUGAAGUCUAAGGGAUUCGAAUGGAGUGAUGCACUUGAGUUUGUGGACACCCUAGAAGAGGGAAUAGCUGUGAGAGCUUUGUGCGAAUUGAAGGAAGGAAAUGUUGUGGCUAAGAUGCCUAAAGAAGCUUGCCUUACCAUCCAGACUAGUGGGGCACGUGAGAUCAUUGAAGAUACUGGUUUGGAUGGUCAUUUGGGCCUAGCAGUUGCCAUCAUGUAUGAGAGAAGCUUGGGUGAGGACUCACCUUGGGCUGGCUAUCUUCAGCUAUUGCCUUACCAAGAAUGCUUGCCUAUUGUUUGGACCCUCAAUGAAGUAAAUGAACUUUUGUGUGGUACAGAACUUCACCAGACAGUGCAAGAAGACAAAGCUCUUAUAUAUGAGGACUGGAAAGAGAAUAUUCUUCCCCUAUUGGAUUUAGCACCACGAAAGCUUGAUGCAAAAUUCUUUGGUACUGAACAAUACUUUGCAGCGAAAAGUCUUAUAUCUUCACGGUCUUUUGAGAUUGAUGAUUAUCAUGGUCAUGGCAUGGUUCCCCUGGCAGAUUUAUUCAAUCAUAAAACGGGUGCAGAGGAUGUGCAUUUCACUGCUAUGCCCUCUAAUUAUGAAUCUGAUACUGAUGUUGAUGGUUCUAACAAUGACGAGGGCAUUGUUGAUGAAGCAGCAUUGGCUCAAAAUUGCUAUACGGAUAUGACUGCAUUAGAUACAGCUCAUGUUGGAAACUGCAUUGUUAGUGAGUCAGAUAGUUCUUCAGUUACUGAGGGUGAUACUUCAAUGCUGGAGAUGAUCAUGAUAAAAGAUGUCAGCAGUGGAGCUGAGGUAUUUAAUACUUACGGGUUAUUGGGCAAUGCUGCUUUGCUUCAUAGAUAUGGAUUUACUGAGCAAGACAAUUCCUAUGAUAUUGUGAACAUUGAUUUGGAACUGGUACUUCAAUGGGGUUCUUCUUUGUUUUCUGACCGCCACGGUAGAGCAAGAGCCUCCCUUUGGAGAAGGUUAGGCUAUUCUGCGUGUGGCAGCCAAAACAGUGAAUAUUUUGAGAUCUCAUUUGAUGGAGAACCGCAGAUUGAGCUCCUCAUUUUAUUAUACAUCAUUUUAUUACCAGAUGAUGCCUACCAUAAGUUAGACCUUUCAGUAUCAAUUGCUGGAAAUUGUCAUGAAUCAAGUGAAACCAUUCUUUUGAAUAAUCAUAUCUUAUCAAGGGAAACCUCUAAUAUGAGCAAUAAAUCGUUGCUGACUAAAAAAGUAAGUGAUGCUCUGUUGUCACUUGCUGAUAUGAGGGAGAGUCUCUACGGUUUGAAAUCAAUUGAAGAUGAUAUUGAGGCAUUGGGAAGGUGUAGUAAUGUUAGAGAAAAAAAGCAGCAUCAUUCUUUGAUGCUGCGGAUCAGUGAAAGAAAGAUCCUUCAAAAGCUCAGGAAUUAUGCUUCACAGCCAUUUAAAACCACUAACCAUAGUUCUGCGAGGAAGAAGUUGAAAAGGACAACAAAGGAAAAUUGUUGAUCUUUUGGUGUUUGUUUUAUUUUAUUUUUUCAUGUGAAGCCACAUCUAUGCUUUAUUUU